AUUCUUAACGCGCUUGGUCUACUUGGUGGCGCAUGGACGGGGUCUCUAACAGUUUAUGCUAUUCUAUUUGGUAAUGACACCCUAAAGCCGUGGGGUUGCAUCCAUUGCUGUUGUGCUCGAAAAACUCGUUCGCUGCUUCGUGAAUCAUUCCCAACAAUGCCAUUGAAAUCUUCCAGACCAUUGAGUAGUUCAUUAUCACCGGACUCGUCGACUUCAUCAAAUGAUUUAUUACUUCAGCAACCCGCAUUGAGUCAACAACUAGACUCACUGGAAUUGUUUCUCAAAGAAUAUGUAGUUGAUUCAACAUACUUGGAAGAUUCGAACAAUAAUGAAUACUCGAACAAACUUAGUAAACUAUUGGAAAAGUUGCGGAAAAGCAAUAAUAAUAACACUACUAGUAAAGUCGAUGCUGUCCUACCACAAAUUUCACCCAGCGACAGAUCAAAUAUUCAGGACAUUUCCAGCUACCAAUUACCUGUCCCGCAUUUUACUUAA